ACGACUUGAGAAAACGAGAGACUCUUCGMAGUGAGAAGGCAGAAACCAAAUAUAACACCAGUUUAUAUUGAAUAUUGCURUUUCCCSAGCGCGAUCGCCUUCAAUAAGAGCUMUAUCACAACUUUGCCAAAAAGAUGCUGCCGAAGAAACGUCCGAACUCUCCGAAGAGAUCGGCGUCGCCCGUCCCGCCGAGCAGGAGACAGAGGCUCUCGCCCACCUCGUCGUCGAGUCGAACUCCGAACAGAGGGCGGUCGUCACCACCUCCUCCACGCCCGCGUGGUUCGGCGCCUUCCAAAACUCCGAGCAACAACACAGCCGCAAAACGAACGGCGGGGACGAAAACGACGGGGGUCAUGGAUUAUCUGAGGCAAUCCGUCUCUCGUGAUUCCCUGCUGGGCUUGUACUCUGACGAGAAACGGGGUCGGUACGUGUGUCGGGCGGUCUUGCAGCGAUUGCCAGAAACCUCCCAGCAGAUCAUCGUGCGGUUGAGCUGCACGGGUGGCGAAUUUUCGAUUUCCAACAUACGGAUCUGGCUGAAAGGAUUCAACGCAGGCGGAGCCGGAGGAACUUCUUCGGCGGCGAUGAACAAAUUGCUAUCUCGGCAACUCAACGAACUCUACCACUGGGCGAUUGUCACYGAAAAACAGCAAGCUUCUGCCUGGACGGAUCAAACCGUUCUGAGAUUGACACCAGAGUUUUUCAAGAGCCUAAAGGAUUCCCUUCAGAGUUUGGAUGCGUCUCCCUGGUGUGCAUUGACGGAGGAAGAAAUGAAAUUUCUUGAAAACGAAGCCAACAAAGACGAAACCUCGGGAAGACCGGUUCGGUUUCCUGCCAUGACACCAGAAGAUCUAGAACGAUAUACCCAAUCCCAGUGGGAUGCGGUCUUGCAUUAUCUAGUUGGGACCCCAAACAUGACGAUUCAACCUAAUCCAGCCGUGGCACAUUUCUUGCUUCAAACCAAUCUAAUGCAACCCGAUCCAGACUACAAACGAAGCAGAGAAGAAGCMCCCCUUGUCAUCACACAAAAGGGGUACGACUUUAUGCUCCAAGACAACUCGCAGCAGGUCUGGCAUUUCGUCGUCCAGUAUCUCGCUACGGUGGCAGAGUCGAAAAAAGGGGAAGUGUUCCGGGAGGCAUUGUUGGUUUUGAUUUGCUUGAGCUUCUCUCGAUUUGGAGAAUGUUACUCGACUGCCUCGCUGACAAAACCCGGAGUCAAAAUCGUGAAGGAUCUGGGCCUAUUUGGAAUCAUUUAUUACAAAAAGAUAGGGAGGGGUUUCAUCUUUUAUCCGACGCGCAUCGCAAUGCAGCUGACCGGCGGCAACCAAACCAGUGGUGGAAUCGGAGGCAAAGGUGGCGGAAUGUACAGCUGGUCGAGCAAGGCGCUGGAAUCGUCCCUGGCACAACCUAGACCGAAUGAUUCGAGCCAUCUGGCAAUAAUUGUUCAGACUAACUUCCAACUCUGUGCCUAUACCACCUCGGAGUUGCAUGUGAGCAUGCUGGGCUUGUUUUGCGAUGUAAAUACGAUUCGGCGGUUGCCAAACGUAAUYUUUAUGACCAUCACGCGAGAUAGCAUAAAGGGUGCAUUUAAUCUCGGUAUUCAGGCCCAACAGAUACUGCGGUUUCUCGAGAAACAUGCACACCCAAAACUUCGACAGGGUAGUGGUGGUCUUGGUGCAUCUGUCUCUAAUUCACCUCUACCAGGGAAUGUUGUGGAUCAAAUCUGUUUGUGGUAAGUAUGAUUCAAUGGUCAUUGUUUCUCUUAUCUCGAAUUCGUUUUAGGAAUGCAGUCAACUUACAAAUAUUGGUUGUUCAAUCUAUUAUCGUUUUCAGGGACCGCGAAAGGCAUCGAGUGAUAUGGAACGACGUCUUUAUGCAUCAACCGAUUAUGGAUGGUGAAUUCCGAGCUGUUCAAAAGUACGUCAUGAAGCAUGGUGCACAUGCAUGGAGCAGCGAAAGAAGCAAUAAAAUCUACAUGAAGUA